AAAGGAGGGAAUUUUUUAUUAUGUAGGUCGGAUUUUAGGAAGCUUGCUUUCGAACAAAGAAGAGCAAUUGAAGCCCAGAACGAAGACCGACCACCUGUUUAUGUCUUCAUCUCUCAGUGGGUUAUGAGAUCGCAGCGGAAGCUGAUUGGACGCAUUUCGUAAGAAAGACUGUAUUUUCUGUGACUGGCGGAAGUGAGAGAAGGUCGUGCAUUUUCUUCGCGGUAGAACAAACUUCCUACUCAAUUUCCAGUGUGUGGGUCUGGUCGAGUUGCUUUUACGGUGGGCUUAGUUAAGAAGGAUGCUCUCCUUUCAUUACAACUGAGGUGAAAACCAUGGAGGUCAAAUGGUUCGUGCUCCUGACAGUCGCAGGACUGGCGAUAUCUUUCGUAGCUGGGAAUCGCUGCGAUACCGAAAAUGUGUCUGCUUGCUAUACCAAGUUGGUGCACUAUGAAGGACUCGGAUUUCCCUUGUAUGGCGAAGAUGAGCAGGCUUUGGAUGAAACAUGCAAUUCAAUCAACGAAUCUUUCGAUUGUCUUGACGAUUACUUGAGAGCUUGCAAUAAAAAUGAAGACUGUGAUGAAAAAUGCGAAGAAAUUAUUAAAGAUAUUGGAAUGUUUAUUCUUAAUACAGGAUUGAGAAAUCUACAAAGCGAACUUUGUGAUCCUUUGAGUCCGAUGCGAUUAACCUACUUGGAUAACUACGUUUGCUUGGAAGAUAACGCCGAUCAUUAUGCAAAAUGCCACAAUGAUUCUCAGAUAUCUCAAGAGUACAUGAGUACCAUAACAGAGCGCGCAGAAGCGCUUUAUGCAAGAUGCUGCUUCUUCAACUGGUAUGAAGGAUGUUUCACCAACAUUACUCGCGACACUUGCAAUGAUAAUGCGACUUUCUUCGUGAAUAUGUCCUUGCAUAAGCUCAUGGGCCACAUUGUUAAGCAUCUAUGUGAAGACAGCGACGUCAUGUGCUCGAGACCUCCACUACCUGAUGAUGGAAAGCCAAUUUUGACUAAUAACGACAUAGAUGAUUGUUCAGACGGAAAUUGUAAGACCGAUCAAACAAAUAUUGAUGUGGAUAAUUGUGUAGACGAAAAUUGUCAUUCCAGUUCAUGUUUUCUUAUGUUCUCUGCCUCAAAUUUAUUUAUUUCAUUGUGCUCUGUUGUUCUUAUCAAAUAUUUAAUUUCAAUAAAAUAAUAUCAUUCUUG